GCUGGCCCUCCUUCUCUCCCGCCCGGGGCCCGCGCAAUUCUCCGCCAGAGGGACAGUCAGCCUCAUAUGUUAAGACCUCUGAUCACUAGAUCCCCUGCAUCUCCACUGAACAACCAAGGCACCCCUACUCCGGCACAACUCACAAAAUCCAAUGCGCAUGUCCACACUGAUGUGGGCAGCCACAUGUACACCAGCAGCCUGGCCACCCUCACCAAAUACCCUGUAUCCAGAAUCAGAAGACUUUGUGAUGGUACAGAGCCCAUAGUUUUGGACAGUCUCAAACAGCACUAUUUCACUGACAGAGAUGGACAGAUGUUCAGAUAUAUCUUGAAUUUUCUACAAACAUCCAAACUCCUCAUUCUUGAUGAUUUCAAGGACUACACUUCGUUAUAUGAAGAGGCAAAAUAUUUUCAGCUUCAGCUCAUGUUGUUGGAGAUGGAAAGAUGGAAGCAGGACAGAGAAACUGGUCGCUUUUCAAGGCCCUGUGAGUGCCUUGUUGUUUGUGUGGCCCCAGACCUCAGAGAAAGGAUCACGCUAAGUGGUGACAAAUCCUUGGUAGAAGAAGUGUUUCCAGAGAUCGGCGAUGUGAUGUGCAACUUUGUCAGUGCAGGCUGGAAUCACGACUCCACGCACGUCGUCAGGUUUCCACUAAGUGGCUACUGUCACCUCAACUCAGUCCAGGUCCUCGAGAGGUUGCAGCAAAGAGGAUUUGAAAUCAUGGGCUCCUGUAGGGGAGGAGUGGGCUCGUCCUAG